ACAAAGCUGGAAAUGACUGCAGUUAUUCGUGGAGAUCCCCAUUUUCCUAAAUCAUCUGUUUUUAGUAUUUGUUUUGUAUAUUCGGAUUUUAUAGGCUAUCUAAAGUGGCCAAAGCUUUGCAGCAUCUUAUUUAAGGUUUUAUUAUCGUCGACGUCUGGCCUACCUCAUAGGCAAUCAAAUGUUGGGAGAAAAGGCACAAGGCGUCCCUUUGAAAGUAAUGGACUACACCUAUGAUGCCGAUUUGGAAGAAUUGUGUCCUGUUUGUGGAGAUAAGGUCUCAGGAUACCACUAUGGACUCCUUACAUGUGAAAGUUGUAAGGGCUUCUUCAAGAGGACAGUCCAGAAUAAUAAGAGGUACACUUGUGCAGAAAACCAGGAGUGUAAAAUAGACAAAACACAGCGGAAGAGAUGUCCCUUCUGCCGAUUCCAGAAAUGCCUCAAUGUUGGCAUGAGAUUAGAAGCGGUGCGUGCAGACCGCAUGCGUGGGGGCAGGAACAAGUUUGGCCCCAUGUACAAGCGGGACAGAGCCAUGAAGCAGCAGAAGAAGGCUUUGAUCCGUUCCACAGGCUUCAAGCUGGAUUCUGCUCCUCCACAGCUCUCGCCUGUACAGACUAACUAUGGCUUCACCGGCACCCUGCACAGCCUCCCAUCCCUCCCCAAAGGCCUCAUGCCCACCAUCCCAACCUCCAUCAACCCCACAGACUACGAGGCCAGCCUCUACGGACCCCCCUCCCUGGGGGUGGCCAUGCAACCCCAUGGGCCCCUGCCCACCCAGUACCAGUACACAGCAUUCCCCAGCAGGGCCAUCAAGUCUGAGUACCCUGACCCCUACACAAGCUCCCCAGAGUCUCUGGUGGGGUACCCCUUACCGGACGGAUUCCCCUCCGGUGGCUCCCCGCAGCUUCCCAGCCAGCCCCCCCUCGUGCUGGAGCUGCUGCGCUGCGACCCAGAUGAGAUGCAGGUGCAGAGUAAGAUCAUGGCCUUCUUGCAGCAGGAGCAGAGUGGCCGGGGCCGGCAGGAAAAGCUCAGCACCUUCAGCCUCAUGUGUCGCAUGGCCGACCAGACUCUGUUCUCCAUAGUGGAGUGGGCCAGGAGCUGCAUCUUCUUCAAGGAGCUCAAGGUGGGGGAUCAGAUGAAGCUUCUUCACAACUGCUGGUCUGAGCUGCUGGUUCUGGACCAUGUCUUCAGACAAGUGCAGCACGGGAAUGAGAGCAGCCUGUUGCUGGUUACUGGCCAAGAGAUGGAUCUGUCAUCCAUGGGGUCUCAGGCAGGGGUGACUCUUUCAGGACUGGUCCAGAGAGGACAGGUGCUGGCUGGGAGGCUGCUGACCCUGCAGGUAGACAGGAGAGAGGUUGCCUGCCUUAAGUUCCUCCUUCUCUUCAAUCCCAAUGUAAAGCUGUUGGAGAAUCAAGCGUUUGUGGAGAGUGUUCAGGAGCAGGUGAAUGGGGCUCUGCUGGAAUACACUCUGUGCACCUACCCCUUGUACCUGGACAAGUUCAGCCAGGUGGUGAUGCGUCUGCCAGAGCUGCGAGCCCUCAGCACCCAGGCAGAGGACUACCUAUGCUACAAACACCUGAGUGGGGAGGUGCCCUGCAACAACCUGCUCAUCGAGAUGCUGCAUGCCAAGAGGGCCUGUGCAUGAGCACCACGCUACCAUCACUAUAUACCAACAGACUGUCUGUGGGACUGACGCUGUGGAAGCCAGACAGGGUUUACGAUUACAGCCCAGAGAGAAUGAUGUGUGUGUUUCUGUGUGUGCGUGCGUGUGUGCAUGCGUGUGUGCGUGAGCAGCCCCUCUGUCCUAGGUGUGUGUAAACAGAAUAUGGACUUGUGUUUUUGGCAGUUCUUUAAAUGUACAUAGAUAACAUUUACAGAAGAAGCUUUGUUAUGAUACUGUACGUAAAUGUAACUGUGCCCUUUUCUUGAAUUCUGCAGAGUGAGGUGUUAUAUCAGAGCUAGUGGAGAUAUUUCAGAAUCUUCAGAGGAAAGAGGCACUAUAACACACGUCAUUCAGACUUGUCCUAGCCUUUCAAAUAUAGUGUAAACACGACAUUUAUUUGAGCACUUGUUCCUUUGUAAAUUGUCACCAACUUUACCACAAAGAAAUUGUUGUGUGAAAAAUAAGUUAUGUUCAAUAUAUAUUUUUUUCUAUUAGAUAUUGAUAUUCUAAUAUAUUAACUACACGUGUUUACAAAAAUCACAUAAGCACACUCAUAUUCAGUUUAACCUUAGAGUCGAUGUCUUUGCCCCCGUGGAAAUCUAAUUAGCAUAAUACAAAAAUCGACAUAAAUACCUGUCAGUUUAAGCUAGAGAUAUAUUUUUGUUGUUGCAUUGGAUGCGUCUCCAUCCACCACAUCCCCCGAUGUCGCACUGCCGCAUCUGCGGUGAAAGGUGACAGAGCUAGAGCCUGUUUGACAGACCAUGAGACAUCCCGAAAAUCAGUCUUCUCACAAAAUCACCUCCAUGGAAAGAUGAGACUAUCACAAACACAAACAUGUCGGUCUGCUCUAGGACACCCACAGGCCUCACAUGACAUGUCUGAAGGUCCCCCGGUACCAGUUGAAAAAAUGUAUGGAAGUACACUAUCUGUUGUUCCAUGUAGUAAAUCUGUUAUUCAAUGCUUUUAAGGCCAAAAAUAGCAGUAAGGCCAAAAAUAAUUUUUCAUCAAAUAAUUUGUACAUAUUUUUUUGUGCAUACUUCAAGGGGUCAAAUAGCGAAAUUAUCCUUGGUGUGACCUUCUUAAAACAAUUCUAUAUAGCUUAGAACCCCCCGGGUGGGUUAAUGACAGUCUGUUACUCCAAUGAGAUAUUUGCUUAUAGUGAUAGAAAGAGAGAGAGAAAGAGUGGAGAUGAAAAAUGUGGCACUGAUGUGUGGGACAGAAUGAAAGGAAGCCAUCUUUGUCUGCAGCCAUUUCUUAUUAACAGAUGACUGGAGGAAGGCCCCAGAAAGAGAAGCCCACAUGUGAGGACAGAAAAAUGAACAACAAAGAAAGCAAUCUCUUAUUAAGUAGACAUGUUAAACAUGAAGCUUUACGGUGUAAAUCCUCUUACCAAAGACCUAUCCACCAGGGCAACAGAGCCAGGUCAAGGAUAUGGGGUUGUGCACUGUGGAUGUUCUCCAGUCCUUUUGUAGUCACAUAAUGAAUGAAAACAUGCAAUUGGCGAUGUAUGCAAUGUUUGCUUUCCAAGGUAAACGUGAAGGAGAUAUAGGGAAAUCCAAUUGUAUUGAAGUAUAAAGAGAAUACAGACCAAUUGUACUUGAGAAAUGGCAGAUGAAGUGCAAAACAACAAGUAUCAGAAUUGCAAAGGUAUAAGGAACAACAUUAACAAAAACAACAUGUAACAAGCACAUAUCUGUAAUUUCAGCACAUAUUGAAGCAACAUGUUUGAAUUGGUCACACAGACAUGGCAGGGUUGGCUCUAUUAACUUCUUCUAGACAAUCAUAACACUUGCCUUAAGAUAACCCUGGCCUGUCUGUCUGUCUGUGAAUAUAUGGACCAUGGUUUAGUAACUGAUGUGAGAGUCAUUGUACCUCUCCGCUGUAGUACAUUUCAAUUGGGAAACAUGAGAAGAUUAACACAGUGAGCUGUACCAAGCUCAGAUAUUUCAACAAACAGAUGUCUCUGUUUGUAAUUGGUUCUCUUGAUGUUGCUUUUGCUUCUAUUGUGUUUUACCUUAUUCCGUUUGGUCCCAGUCUUAGUUGUUUUUGGUGAUGAGAUCUGUUUAUAGUCCUCAUUCUCAAACUGUCUGUGCUGGUCCACUUUGUUUCCUCUCUCAGCAAUUUGAAUGCUUUUCAAACACAAACAAUCAAAAUGUUUGUUUUUUUCUUGAAAUAUAUUUUAUUGUAAUAGCAUCAAACCAAUAAAUGCAAUUAAGUAAAGCUCUA